AUGCCAUUGCUAUCAGAAUCAUCCUCGGACAUCAGCUCGUUAUCCUCUGACUCCCCAGAGCCUGAUAACGAGUACGACUCGCCGGCCGUUGAUGAGCCUGCGUUGCCCCCGUCCAAGCGACAAAAGAUUCGCGACGACUCGCGCGCCUCAUCUUCUGCACACGUCGACCCAGAACCAGCAGAGCCAGAGCCAGAAUUUGAUGGCGACAUCUCCUCAGACACAUCGGGCGACGUGCCGAACUCGCCCAUCAAUGCCAAACUUGACGAGGAGGAAGCACAAGAACAGGUGACCAUUUGCGCCUGGGAUGGCUGCGACGCGGGUGAUCAGGGCAACAUGGACUACCUCGUCGAACACAUCCACAACGACCACAUAGAGAGCCGACAGAAGAAGUACACAUGCGAGUGGAUCGGUUGCACUAGAAAGAGCAUGCCUCAUGCUAGUGGAUAUGCCCUGAAGGCACAUAUGCGCAGCCACACGCGCGAAAAGCCCUUCUACUGCUACUUGCCUGAGUGCGACCGCGCCUUUACAAGAUCUGAUGCUCUGGCCAAACACAUGCGCACUGUACAUGAGACCGAAGCUUUACGACCCAGUGACCCCGUUCCAAAGUCACUUCAACACGAACGCGCCGAUAAGGCCAAGCAGAAUAACAGACUCAAGAUUGUGCUGAAGACUCAACAACCACACGGUACUCAAGACGACUCCAUGGACGACGCUGCUGACGAGGAAGUUGGCUCGGAUUUCUUCACAACUCUUACAGAGCAACAUGGCUUCACGAGUAAGGAGUUGUCGAUUGGACAGGCAGAUAUUGAGUCUCUAUGGCGAUUGUGUGUCGCGAAUCUCAAGUGGGCAACCGAGGAGGGCGCAACGCUUCGCGAGCAAUGCAAGGAAUGGGAGGAGCUGUAUCGGCAAGAGUGGCUUGAGAAGGAGGUUCUCCUGGAACAGGUUGAGACUGCCGAAGUCGAUUGGUGGCAUCGACGACACGCUGUACUUAGUGGCGCUGCUGAUAUACAGGUCAGUGGUGCUUCAAAGGUCAAGCUAUCGGGGAGCCACGAUCCCGAGGAAACAGACCAAGAGGGCGAUGACCUUGAAGAAGGCCCGGAAAUCGCCAAAGGCACCGAUGUUGAGGUUGAGGAGGACUAG